AUGGCUCGGUGGAGGGAAUACCUUUGUACAAUUGCAGAUUAUGCACACACUUCUGAAGAAUGGUCAGAACUGAAGGGGACAAAAUGGCCAGUUUUGGGUGCAUGUCAAUCGGCAUAUGGAAUUAUGAUCGAUAUUCUUUACUUGCCUAUUCUUUCGAUCAUCUUUGAAAAAGACAACUUCAAAAUGUCUUGUUUCAAAAUCAUGUAUCUUCUUGGAAUUAUUGACUUCAUGAUUACCUACGUAAAUUCAAUCCUUACCGGAUGGCUUGCCAUGAAAGGUGCAGUGUACUGUACACAUCCAAACAUCAUUUACAUCUCUGGAAUGGUUGUGUGUGCUUUAUGGUGUAGCUCUUGCAUGACUGCUCUUUUGUUAGUGGCAAAUCGAUUGUUGGGAAUGACAAAGCCAUCUUUAGCAGUGAAGCUUUUUGAAGGAAGAAAAACAUAUAUCGCAUUGACGUUCCCCAUACUCUACUUCAUCUACUUUCUGUUCACAGCUCCUUUGGUUUUCAAUUCAAAAUACCUUGCCUGGUUCUACACUCCAAUGAUCUUUGACGAUGGAGCAACUGAAUAUUUCAAUCACUCUCAUACAAUCAACAACUUCCUGAUUGUUACCUUGACAUGCGUUGUCUACACUCCCUUCCGGUGGGUUAUUGGAUCAAACUUGAAAAAUGUGAAGAACGCUAACGCAUCUCAACUUCAAAAUACGAAAACCCAAGUGUUUCUCCAAUCAACCUUGAUCUGUGCAGCAAAUCAAGUAUGUGCAGUGAUCUACGUCGUAAUGAAUGUCACGGAAGUUCCAAAUUGGCUCAUAAUGUUUGCUCAUUUCACUUGGGAAUUCAUUCAUGGUGCUCCUGUCUUCAUCUAUCUUGCUCUGAAUCGAAUGAUUCGUGAAAGAUUCUUGGAAAAAAUGCACUGGAUGAAAGGUGGAGCACUUCGAGAAACCACAUCAAUGAUGCCUAUUAAGAAAUCCGUUUCGACUCCAGUCGUGAUUAUAAAUUAA